AUGGCCUGUCUCAAAAUGCUGGUGGCUCUGCCCACGCCUUUGGGCGGCGAAGUUGCCUCUCUGAUCCGCGAACGCGACCCGAACCACGCCAUCCUCAAGAACGCCCCCAAACGGAUGGAUGGAGACCCGAGCGCGCGAAUCGCGACAGAGGAGGCGAAGCAGAGCGCAGCGCAGCGUGACACGUCCAUGGAAAUCGACGACCCCUCUUCUUCGCGCAACUCCCCUGCAGAAGGAGAUGCCCCCAGCAGCGCGCCGGCAGGAGAUAUUCCCAUGUGGGAGUUUGAGCCUGUCAUGGAUCUGGCUCCAACUGAUGCAGCCUCCGGCGAGCAGCCGCACACAAGCAGGAGAAGGAGGCGCAGAUCACACGGCCGAUCUGGGCAGGAGAGCAGCCCUCAGGGGGAGGAAGCCUUGAAGGACUAUUUCGACAGCCGGUGGGAUGAGCCGCGGGCUCCUGUGCAAUAG